AUGCCACUAGGCUCUACCACCAACAUGCUCAACCCAGUUCAUCAUGCAAUAAAUCUCAUCUCAAUCCCAGCCAUCUGCUGGCUCUCUCUUCUUCCAAUAAUUGUCUUUCUUGCUCAUCAACUUCCCCAUUUCAAGACAUCCUUACGUCCCAAAGGAUGUCGCAGACUCGGUCUCGCAGCCGACCAAAGCAAUCUACGCGAUGAGUUUGACCCCAAAUACAGCCACGGGGUACCAGAAUCGUCAGUCGACGUAGAUGGACGACCAUCAUGGCGCAUAAAAUCUUUGUUCACAUAUCCCAUCAAAAGCUGCGCCGGCAUCGAACUGGAUGUCUCCGACGUCGAGCGUACAGGGCUCACACAUGAUCGCCAAUUCUGCUUCGCCGAAUACAUCUCGCCCAGUCCUGGCACUGUCUCUAGUCCUGCACACACACAGUGGACCAUGAGAACUAUGCGCGACGGUCAAUUCAGUCGAAUGGCUCUCAUCCGUCCGGAAAUCUGGAUCCCCGAUCCCACAGCCAGCGACUACUCGUCUGAUCUGGAGGAGGUGAAAUCGCACGGCGUCAUGAUCAUCUAUUACCCUCGAGUCCCAAGCUGGAGAAAUGGUCUCCUUGCCUAUCUCGAACACAUCGCCAUAACACUAGGUCUCCUCCAUGCAGAACAAUCAUUCCGUGUACCGCUCUCUCCCCCAUCCGACCUCCUAUCCAACUACCCAUCCACACGAGUCAAAGUAUGGAAAGACUCUCCCUUCGCAUACGACUACGCACAACAUAUCCCUCCCUCGCUUCUCGACUUCCUCUGCGCCCCGGGUAAUGAAUCCUCUUCUUCACGGGGUCCAUUGACCCUCUUCCGAGUGCACCCUUCUUACCAUCGUGAAAUCUUUCGCUGUGCUCCUCGUAAAGAAACACUCGGAUUCCAACCCAUCACUGGAUUCGCAGACGCAUAUCCACUCCACCUGCUCAAUCUCGCCAGCGUGCGCGAUGUUGCUGCCCGAUGCGCCCUGUCCAUCGCGCAUCUCUCCAUCCGUCGCUUCAGAGCGAAUAUCAUCAUCCAAGGACCCAAGGCCUUUGCGGAGGACCACUGGAAACGUAUCCAAAUUUACUCUCGCUCCGGAUCUUACAAGAACAAGGAAGUAGACAAAGACGCAGUCCGGGGAAUAGAGAUCUACGCUUCUUGUCGCACGAUGCGCUGCAAACUCCCCAAUGUAGAUCCCGACACGGGAAUUCGUCAUCUUAAUGAACCGGAUCAGACACUCAGGUCGUAUCGGCGGAUUGAUCCCGGAGAUUGGAACUAUGCGGCGUUGGGAAUGCAGCUUGUUCCGGCUGUUCAGAGUAUUCCUCCCUCCCCUCCGACACCCACCCUUGUCUUAUAA